UCCUUAACUUUACUCACAAUGCACGAGAGAUUGCUCGCAAUGCCACACUGAUCAUAGAGAUGAAUGGACACACUACAGAGAUUAAAGACCCAGAAAACCAGAAGAAUGAACCUAAACGCUUCACUUUCGAUUUUUCCUACUGGUCACACGAUGAGUUCACAGAGCAAUCUGAUGGAUAUAAUGAGCCGAAUGGCAGUAAAUAUGCAGACCAGAAAAAGGUGUUCGGUGACCUUGGUCGCGGUGUGCUGGACAAUGCAUGGAAGGGCUACAACACUUCCCUGUUUGCAUACGGACAGACAGGCUCGGGCAAGUCAUACUCGAUGAUGGGGUAUGGGGCGAACAAGGGCAUCAUUCCCAUCUCGUGUGAUGAAAUCUUCAAGGAGAUUGACAUAAAGCGUGCGUCUGCUGGCAAAGACGAAGACUAUCAGGUGACGUUCACUAUGCUGGAAAUCUACAAUGAACAGGUCCGGGAUCUGCUCAACGCAAAGUCCAUGACAAUGAAGGGCGGGCUUAAAGUAAGGCAGCAUCCUACCAAGGGAUUCUAUGUUGAGAACCUUACGACGGCCGCUGUUAACAGUUUCAAGGAGAUUGACAACAAAAUCAACGAGGGAAAUCGCAACAAAACAGUUGCCGCCACCAGCAUGAAUGCCACUAGCAGUCGAGCCCACACAAUUGUGGCGCUCACACUGACCCAGAAAUCUCCCAACGAGACUGGAGAAAGUAUGACAAGAACAGCCACUAUCAACCUGGUGGAUCUGGCUGGCAGUGAGCGAGCUGACUCCACUGGGGCAACAGGGGAUCGAUUGAAGGAAGGCUCUGCUAUCAACCAGUCUCUCAGUUCCCUUGGUAAUGUGAUCAAGGCCCUUGCCGACCAGUCCACGGGCAAGAAGAAGGUUGUUGUUCCAUACCGUGACUCAGUGUUGACCCGUCUGCUGCAGAAUGCUCUCGGAGGCAACAGCAAAACCAUUAUGAUUGCUGCCCUCAGUCCGGCUGACAUCAACUAUGAGGAGACGCUGUCCACUCUCCGCUUUGCCGACCGUGCAAAGGCCAUCAAGACUACAGCCACAGUCAACGAGAGCCCGACCGACAAGCUGAUCAGAGAAUUGCGCGAGGAAAACGCCAGACUUAUGGAAAUGUUGAAAACUGGCGGGGUUGUCAUGGCGCCAUCAGGAGGGGGUGGAGGAGGUUCCUCUGAAGAGGUCGAAGAGAUGAAACGUCAGAUGGAGGAGGAGCUACGAAAGAAAGAGGAGGAGUUGGAGAACCUCAGCAAGACCUACGAGCAGCGCAUGGCCGACGCCGCAACAUCUAACAAGGGUGGUGUGAGUGCUGCGGACAAGGAGGAGGGGGACAAGAAGGUGAUCCCUCAUUUUUGGAAUCUGAACGAAGAUCCCGCCCUUACGGGUAUGAUUGUACACUUUGCCAAUGAGGGUACCUCGAGAGUUGGAAACAAGAAUGCCUCUAAGAAGCCAGACAUCAUGUUGAAUGGUCUCAGUAUUGGGAAGGACCAUGCAGAGAUCAUCAACAAGAAGGGUAAUGUGUCUAUCAAGCCAGGACCCAGUGCCAAGGAUAUCAUGGUGAACGGUACCAAGAUCGUCGGUGAGACCAAACUCUCACACAAUGAUAGGAUAUCAUUUGGUCCAAACCACUUGUACGUAUUCCACCACCCCCAGGACUAUGCCAAAAAGACCAACGCCGGGGAGAAAGUGGAAACGCCCACUUUUGAUUCCGCCCAAGAGGAGAUUGCCAAAGAGUCCGGGCUUAUGACCACGCCCACUGACGGCAUGUCGAAAGAUGAGGCUCUACUCCAGGAGGACCUUGUCCAGAUCCUGCCGAUGGUUGCCGAGGCCAAUGCCAUGGCUGAAGAACUGGGAAAGGGGGUCAAGUUUGAGAUCAACCUCGUGUCACCACAGGCACGUGGGAUCAAAGAUGGCAGGACUGAGGUGAUGGUGAAGAUGCUGGCCCAGGAUGGGAGCGGAAAUGACUGGCUGUGGGAUAGGAACAAGUUCAUCAACCGCAAAUACAUUAUGCAGGAGAUGUACGCCAACUUUGCAGAGGGGGACGAUGAUUGGGACCUCCCUCAGGAGAGAGAUCCAUUCUGGGAACCUGCAGACACUGAAAAACUGAUCGGAACAUGCCACGUGCUGCUGCAGUCACUCGCAUUCAACAUUGACCUGGAGGAGAAGCUGGUUAUCUCCGACUUCAAGGGUCAUGACCAGGGGCACGUGGAUGUGGCCAUCGUGCCGUGUACCUCGGACUUCAAGCCUGUCUCUGAGGAUGACUUUGUUGAGGACCCUAAGGAACUGAUUGGGAAACCCUUGUACUUCAAGAUCAACUUAGUGGCCUCCCAGGGAUUACCUGCAAACAUUGAUAAGAGUUUCUGUCGGUACAAGUUCUACUUGGAUAAGGACUAUGUCCAGACCGAUGAGAUUUCCGGCACGAUCAACCCGCAGUUCAACCAUGAGAAGCGGGUCACCAUCAAGAGUGUGACAGAGCAGCUUAUCGAGUACCUCAACAGCGAGUCACUAUACAUCGAGGUCUGGGGCAGACAGAAGGCUGGCAAGGGAGCUAAAACACAGGGAGGCAAAGCGCCAAAGAAGUCAGCAGCUGCUGCUGGAGGAACAGCGGUACAGAACGGUGGUAUGGGAGCAGCGCCUCUCCCGCCAAUAGCGGACAACAAGAGCAAAGAGGAGGCGGCAAGAUACAGGCAGGACGCUGAGAAGAGCAAAAAACGAGCAGAGGAAUCAGAGGCCAAACUGAGCAAGAUCAACAGCUACCUCAGGGAGAGGAAGACUAAAGGACACUCGGCAAUGAGGAUCGAGGAUGUUGAGGCGUUGCUGGCCGGGCGUACACCCCAGGGCCGGCCUGUUGAGACGACUGUGGUUCAGGGAGGAGGCGGCGGUGGCGGAGCAGAGGGCUCCAAAGCCUGCACCAUACAGUAAACACUGAAGGGAACCAAUGAACAGUCCAAAGAAAUUAUUACAGGGAUUUUCAACAACAUUGGGAUUAUCAAAUGUUUUUUUCCGAUAUAAUUUAUUGGACUAGUGACAUUUACAUUGUUAUCAAUACAUAUGAAAGUUAUUUCAUCUGUUAUUACACCAUACGGAAAGACCACAGAAAACCAAAUCUUUAAGGCCUUCGGGAAAUGCUGCAGAAAUUUGAACCAUUUUGUUUAAUAGAAACAAGUUAACAUCUAUAAUUGAACCAAUUCAUACAAUACCAUUUGGAUAGGGGACAUCAUUGACAUUGUUUUGUUUUUGUUAUUUUAUGGGACAUGCAAAUUCUACCAAGAAAGAUGUGCAGAUGAAGUGUUAAAUAUUCUGAGAUUUGAAAUCAAUCCUCUCUGCUCUUAGACUUAUGUUUAUCUGUUAAAAAUCAUAAUUUCCUGUUGUUAUUUAUGUUUAUGAUUUUGUCAAUAUUUAAAAGAUGCAAUUUGUGGCCAAGCUUAAUGCAUAUUUCUUUUUUCUAUUUCACAAAUUAAAAUAUAUGUGUACAUGCAAUUAUAUGUUUCUGUGUAGAUAUGUGUGUCUGUGCAUAUGUAUGUGUCUUUGCAGACAUGUGUGUCUUUGCAGACAUGUGUGUCUAUGCAGAUAUAUUUGUACAUGCAGAUGCAUGUUUCCAUGCAGAUGUGUUUCUGUGUAGAUCUAUGUGUCUAUGCAGAUAUAUGUUUAUGUGUAGGUAUAUGUGUUUAGGGAGAUAUAUGUUAUGUGUUAUAUAUGCGUUUAUAUAGGUAUCUAUACAGAAAUAUGAGUCUUGUCUCUGUUUUUUAUAAUUUAUAAUGUCUUAUCUUUUGUGUUUUAACUGAAUCUCUCUUAUUGGCAAUAUAUGGAACUGUAAUGCCCAAAGGCAAGAGCAUUUCCUUUAAGUAGAAUGCAGGGAUUGUAGUUAACUUAAGUAUACAGAAAUAAGCCAGUCUUCAUUACGGUAAGAUCCUAACAUCGGAAUCAAAAUUGAGCUACAAGAUCAUGUAACAUUGCAGCCAGUGACAAGCCCAACUAUGUAAAAUUGGAAUUUUUAAGAAGCUCUACAGGCAUUUCACCCGUGCUUGGCUUAAACUUAUUCUGACCACUAUUGUAUAUAGUUAUAUGGGACAGUAAAAUGCCAGUUUGUAUUUCUUGUCAUAAAAAUUUGUACUUGAAAUUUUAACAAAGCCUACUAGCAUUUUAACCAUAUGGAAAAACUUGACACUCUUUUUUUCUUGAAUUUGCCUUCCUUUUCACUUCCAUUAAGGGGACAAUCAGUUAUGUUGUUAAGUUUGUGUAAAGUCUUUUCUUUUUUGGAGGUGUCGGGAUUAAUUUUGUAAACAAGCAAAGUGUGAUUUAACAUUGUGAUAUUGGCAUGUUACUUACUUUUUUUCUGUCAUUCAUAUGAUCGGACAUUCUUUAACAUCUUAGAAUAUCUUUCGUUUUUUUUUUGUCAGAGAGGUUUUGUUAAAUGAAAAAUGUCAAAAUCUGACAGGAUAAUAAUGUGUUUUACAGUAUAUUUCUUCUCAAAUAUAUUUUCAGUCAUUCAUGUAAGUAAUGAAGAAACAAGUGUGACUAUAAUGGAAAAUAGAAAACGUUGUCCGCAGACCCAAAUCAAUAUGGUGGUCCAUGUGGUUUGGAAAUGUUCUAAAGUUGAAUUCCUAUUCUCCAUUUGUCUUUUUUGUUCUGUGCAAAGCUGGUCUUUGUGUAAUUUAUACUCAUGGAUAAAAAUUGUAUACCAAUCUGUGUUUGUAUCUCCAGCUAACUAAGUGAUUGAAUUGUUCGGGGUUUUUUACUUUUUCAUACAGGUCAUUAAUUUCACCGUGUUAGAAAGGGUAAAAAAUCAUUGGAAAUAUUAUUCAAAAUUGUUUUUGCUGUACCAAAGGAAAACAUAAUAAAAAACAACAACACAAACCCUUUAUCUCAAAAUGAAUUUUAUAUAUAUAUUAAACAAUCUUUAUGACAAUUCUACUGAAAUGUUUUUGUUUUUUUAUUAAAACCGAUUUCUGUGAUAAAUAGUAUUUACUUUUACAAAUAUGUUUUGUUUUAUGCAUAUAGUCUAUUGAAACCUAGAUCGCUGUGAUAUGUUUCGUUGUCUCAUUGACCAUUCAUUUUUAAUUUUAAACAAGGACUUACUACUAUUAUAUUUUUCUUUUUCAUUUACAAACGAACGAAGAUGGUUAAUUGUUGUAAUAGUUAUUGAUUCAUUUUAUCCUCCAUUUUUUUAUUUCUAAAUUAUCAUUUUUUUUAUCAUUUUACUGAUCAAAUGUAUUCAAUAAUUAUCAUACAUAUAGAUAAUCAUAACAUUAUUAGAGAAAAAGAAAUUCUAAACUUUUUUAACUUGAACUGAUAUUAAAUAAUAUAUGCAGAAAAUAUAUAUAAUCAAAAUAGUGUUAUUUUAAAAAGGAAUAAAACUAGAUGAUCUUUUAUUAUGGUUAUGAUCAAAAGCAUCAUUAUUUUGUAUAGAGGUGAUUUUCAAGUUAUUAUUGUAUUUCUCCUUGAUUGAUAAAUAUUAUUUCAGUAUCAGUGAAACAUAUCGUAAUUUCCAUCCAAUAUACGUGUAUUUCUGUAGUCUGUAGCAAUUGUAUUUUUCUACUGUUUUAUACAUUCGUUCACAUGUUUUGUGUGUUAUAAAUAAAUUGUGAAUAUCUGUA